AUGUUCCAGUCCGAUUUUUACCACGCGCUUCUGAUGAAACCUCGCGGAAAACCUAUCCCCGGAAUCUUCGCGGCACAAGACGAAAAAGUCCAUCGCGCCUUGAAGAAACCCAUCUCGAGUGCCUACUCCAUGAGCACGCUGCUCUCCUUCGAGCCCUACGUCGACAGCACCAUGCGUGUAUUCUGCGAGCAGCUCGAGACACGCUUUUUGGAGAAAAAGACACCCCUAGAUUUCGGCAAGUGGUUGCAGAUGUUUGCGUUUGACGUGAUUGGCGAGUUGACUUACUCUCGGCGCUUGGGUUUUCUUGAGUCGGGAGAGGAUGUCAAUAAUGUCAUGGCCAGCAUCUGGGGGACGUUUAAGAAGACUUCGUUGCUCCGGAAAGAACUGGAUAACGCAGCUGCAGCAGGGAACCUAAACGAACUCGCUUCGUGGAAGCAAACUCGCGAACUACCCUAUCUGGAUGCAGUGAUUAAAGAGGGCGGCCGCAUUCACCCCCCUUUUGGACUUCCAUAUGAGCGGGUUGUACCCCGCCAAGGCGCGACUAUCUGUGGCAAGUUUCUGCCAGGUGGCACGGUAGUGGGUAUGAGUGCGGCCAAUGUCAAUCUGCUCCAACCUGAUGACUCGAAAGCAAUAAAAAGCAUUAUAGAACUCUUGCACUACAACGCCCAGCACAAUCCAGACCGUGUCUUUUGUCUCCAACUGCCCUCCAAACAAAAUAAUGCCCUCGGUAAUCCGAUUUCGAUCACGCAUCGGCAGUUCUACGACGCCGUUGCCUACUGUUCCCGGCGACUACAGGAAGAAAUAGGUGGACUAUUCUCUCCUAUGAUCAACAAAGAUGGAACAGUGACUAAGUGCAGUCCUGUGGUGCUCUUCUUAGAGAGCAAUGUCGGGCUCCUGAUCCAUGUCCUAGCGUUGAUGAGCCUGGGAGUUCCCGUGGCCGUUCUCUCUGCUCGACUCAGCCCGACGGCCGUACAGCAUCUCCUGUCCAGUAUCAGAGCACAAUCAGUCAUUGCAUCGCCCCGACUAACGAGUACAAUUGAGGAGACUAUUGCACUCGAUGGCCAAGGCCAGUCAGUUGGUAUUCAGAUGUAUAUACAGCGACCAUACGAGGACGAUCUUGAGGAUAGUCAAAAUUUGGAUCUUUCUACUACCAAAAACAACGACGAGAGGCAUUUUAUCAGCGAAAACGAUCGGAAUGUAUUGAUUCUGCACUCUUCAGGCACAACCGGACUCCCCAAGCCAAUCUACCAACCACAUCGUUAUCUCCUGAACUUUACGGAGUGCCAUCAGUUGGGCAAAGAGGACAUUAUAGGGAGCGUGCUUUCAGCGCUACCACUAUUUCACCCAUUUAUGCUGCCUCCUUCCAACACCAUACCCACGGGGUCUUUGAUUAUCGAGCUGAUCCACACCUUCAGCCCAACAGCCCUGAUGACAGUGCCUCAUAUUCUCGAGGAAAUCACCGCACUAGCUCCAGAACAAGGCGUCAAUGCCUUGCGACCCCUGGAAUUUGUCCUCUCCGGCGGAGGACCACUCAAGAAUUCCGUCGCCGAGAUAUUAGCAGCCUCUGGUGUGAGUCUGCUGGCUCAUUUUGGCACCACCGAGUGCGGACCUUUGGGGGUCGUUUCCAUCCCCGCCCCAGAUUACGACUGGCACUACUGGCAACUUCGCCAGGAUAUCAACUACCGUCUCGACGAGGUUAAUGCUAGCCCCUCUUCUGAGGAGAAACAGUACAAACUAACUGUGCACCCAUUUGGUUGGGAUUCGCCCUUCGAGUUGCAAGAUAUCCUCAUCAGCCGUGGUACAGAGUACAGGCACCAUCUCCGAGCUGCAGGACGCAAAGACGAUUUGAUCGUUCUCGUUAAUGGAGAGAAGGUCAUCCCACGGAUUCUCGAGUCACUCCUUAUGCAAGAUGAGCGAGUAAAGUCCGCCGUGGCGUUUGGGGAAGGCAAAUUCGAGAUUGGUGUUAUUGUUGAGCCCUCAUACGAGAUUGCCGAUGAGGAGGUGCUCAAGACAGCUCUGUGGCCAAUUAUCGUCGAGGCUGGGGAGCAGAUGGAUUCCCAUGCGCGUAUUUCCAGCCCGGCUAGUGUUAUAUUUGCGUCGCCAGAGAAACCUAUUCCAAGGUCCGACAAAGGCUCAAUCCUGAGGAGGGAGACCUACCGUGUUUAUGAAGAGGAAAUUGCACAGGUUUAUAAAGUGUUAGGGGGCACCCAAGAAGCAAACGUCCUUAAUAUUCAGUCUGACGAUCUUGGAAGCGAGUUGAAAGAUCUCAUCCAAAGGGAGAUAGGGUGGAAGAUCCGCCCUUCGCAAUGGGGUGACGAUAACGAUCUCUUUGAACUAGGGAUGAAUUCGCUGCAGGCAAUGCGUUUGCACCGCCUUCUACUGUCUGCUAUGCCUAAAAGCCAGAGAGGAUGCGUCGGAAUCGAUCUCGUUUACAGGAAUCCCACCGUUUCCAAGCUUGCAGCGGCUCUACGCGGUAUAGCAGGAACUCAGAACGGUCAUAGCGAGGACUCUGAAAGUGAAAUUGAUGAGAUUAUUCGUCAGCAUUCCCUCAGUAUUCAAGAGAAAGCUAUCGUGCUUCUAACUGGCAGCACUGGCAACCUUGGGUCUAACCUUUUGUCUCAUUUGGUCGCUUCACCCACGGUCGAGAAGGUUGUCUGCCUCAAUCGACAAACUGCAGACCCGUCGACAGGGCAAAUUGACCUUCUCCAACGACAACUGGACAUAAUGAAAACCAAAGGAGUGUCAAUUCGGCUCGAAGAAGCAUCAAAGAUUGAAAUCAUUCCAUGCGAUCCGACCGCUGACUCCUUCGGUCUCUCUCCGGAGGUCUACACCCAGCUAAUAGCACAAACUACACACAUCCUCCAUAAUGCCUGGCCAAUGGACUUCAAGCGCAGUCUCGCUUCCUUUCAAUCCCAAUUUCAGUAUCUCAAAAGCCUCGUCCGCCUCAGUCAUGACAUCCACAACCGUCGGCCUUGUAUCAAGCCACGGCUCCUGUUUGUCUCUUCCAUCGCUGUUGUGGGACAAUAUCCACGCACUCACGGGACAUGUUUUGUUCCUGAAAUCCCAUCAGAUAAAGCCAGCGUCAUUGACGAUUUUGGCUAUGGCCAAGCUAAAUAUGUGUGUGAGGAAGUUCUACGCGCCGCAGCAAAAACAUACCCAGGGCUAGAAUUGGGGAUUGUACGGGUGGGACAGAUGUCGGGAUCCUCCACUAGCGGCUACUGGAACCCGAAGGAGCAUUUCCCUACGCUGAUGAAGUUCGCGGGCCUGGUGGGACAACUUCCGGUUAUUAAACAGACUCUCUCUUGGAUCCCUGUGGAUGCUGCAGCUGCCGUACUGGUUGAUAUCCUCUUUUCGCCGUCCCUAAGUGGUAUCUACCAUCUGGAAAAUCCCAUCCGUCAAGCGUGGCAAGACAUUCUUGAUGUAUUUGCUUCCUGCAUGGGCAUCAACACAGUUCGCAUACCGUUUAACCAGUGGUUGCGUAAUGUACAAGCGGCAGUGGAACAGCAGGGAACGGAAGAUGAGCGGAUGGAGUUGGAUAUGCUGUCUGAUUUCUUUGAAAAGAAUUUUCAGCGCAUGGCGACGGGGAGGGUUAUUCUAGAUAUGAGCAGAACAAGGGCCGCCUCGAGGACCCUUCGGGAGGUGGAUGAGGUUUCGGCGGAAGUGGUGUCGAAGUACGUGAACGAGUGGAGGAAAAAUGGAACACUGGGGGACCAGGUAUUUCGUAUUGAGUCUACCUAA